UUAUUUGAAGGUUGACAAUAUGCUAAAUGUUUAUUUUUAUGAUAUUAAAACUAUAUUAGUUAAUUUUGAAAAAUUUUGCAAGCGAUACUUCCCAAUGUUCCAUCAAAAUGAGUGACUUAUCUGAAAAUUUCAAAAACUUGGAAGUUAGAGCUGAAUUAUUUAAAGAUGUUAAAUUUUAUGUUAGCGGCGAAGUAACCGAAGAGGUUAUCGCCUUAUUGAAUAAGGGUGGCGCUGAUCAGUCUAAAUAUUUCUCUGACUUUGUUACACAUUUGAUUUGUGGUGAAAAUCCUGAAGAAACAGAUAUUAUAGACGCUACUGAUGUGUAUGAAGUUCCUGCAGUAACACCUAAAUGGAUAUUGAUUAGUUCUCAACUGAACAAACUUGUGAGCACCAAACCGUUUCUGUAUAAUCGACCACAAAUUUUUGCAUCAAAUAUCUUCUGCUUGUCCAAAGUAAAAGAUGAUUUGGAGUCAUUGUGGGCUCUUAUAACAUAUCAUGGAGGAAAAGUCCAGCUUAAUUUGGACCAUAAUUGUAACUAUCUUGUAACUGUGGACACAAAUACAAAUAAAUAUGAAAAAGCAAUCAGUUUAGGAUCUGAAAAAAUUUGCAUUGUUACUCCUGAUUGGAUAUUAGAAUGUAUAAAAAGUAACGCCCUCAUUCAAUGCGACUUAUUUCAUCCUCGUUUGUUAGAUUGGCCUAAGCCACCUCAAAUUGUACAUCAUGAAAGUACAACUGCAAUUACUGGUUUUGAAGAAUCAGAAUCUUCAGAUAAGGAUUGUAAUGACGAAGUUGCUAGUUCUACUCAGGCUCUACUGGAAAAAUUAAAACAGAGAAUGCCUUGGAAUCAACCAGAACAAAUUCAGAUUUCACAACAACAAUCACAAAAAGCUGAUCAAGCUCUUCAUACACAGAAUCCACCCAAAAUGAAAGAAAUUGUUCCUCCAAAUGUAGUGGCACCUAGUUUUCAACAGAAGCAAGGCGAACAAACUCAGUUGCAACAGGGUCAAAUGCUGAGUCAUCAGCAAAUCUUACAAAAAUUACAGAUGUCACAGAAUCAGAGUGCCAAAUCAACCAUGUCAAAUAUCCCUCAGCAAAUGACUCCUGAACAGCAGCAAAUGGUGCAGAAUGCUCUGCAACAAGCGCAGCAGAAUAUACAUUCACAGAGAAUGAACCAACAAAAUUUGUUGAAUGCACAACAACAACAGAGUACAAUACAGUCAUCACAAAUUGGUUUUGCUCAACAAAAUCUUCAAUCCCAACAGAGUUCCCAAGCAAAUAUACAACAACAGGCACCCAUUCAGUCACAGUCACCACUACAACAAAGUCCUGUAGCCCAGCAAGGUCCAAGGGCUGUCCUUCAUCACUUACCACAAGGACAACAGAUACAGUUUCAACAAAACACUAAUAUCAACCGUAAUAUCAACAGACCUUCAUUGCAACAGUUGAGGGGACAGCUAGGCACAACCCAACUCCAACAACAACUCCUUCAACAACAGCAACAAAGAUUAAAUCAACAGCAGCAACAGCAACAAAAUGUUUUGCAGAGAACACAGUUAACACUGCAGCAACAACAGUUGUUACAAUUACAGUUGCAGCAGGGACAAAUAAGCCAAGCAAGGCAGUUGUUACAACAAAAUCAACAGCAGAUGGGCCUCAAUCAGAACCAAACAAUUCAAUCCACUUCUAUCAAUCAGAACCAACAAAUAUUGAGCGGUAAUCAGAUGAUCAAUACUCAACAUUUAACUCCAAGUCAAUUAUCUCAACUUCAGAAUCGAGCUCAGCAGUUGAAUCAGCAAAAACUUGCUCAAAACCAUCAGAUAAGUCAAUUACUUGCGCAACGACAAGCACAACUGAGUCAAAGGUUGGGCCAGCAGUUAUCUUCUGAACAAAUACUCCAAAAUCAACAAAUUGGACAACCACUGAAUCAAAACCAACAGAUUCAGCUCAAUCAGAACCGCAUGGUCAACCAAAAUCAACAGCAUUUGCAACAGCUCAAAUUGGUACAACAAAAUUCAACAUCUAUUGGACAGAAUCAACAAUUAGGACAAAAUCUCAUGGAUCAUAAUCAAAUAGGCCAAGUAGAUCAGCAACUGGGUCCCAUACAACAGCAGCAGAACCAAAUGAGCCAGGUCCAAAUAGGUACUAGUCAGCAAGUUAAUCAAGGUAUGUUGCAAAAUCAGCAGAUUAAUCAAGGUAUUGUUCAGAACCAACAGAUCAAUCAAUCAUUGGGGCAAAAUCAAAACCAAAGAAAUCAAAGUAUAGGCCAAAAUCAACAAUUGAAUCAAGGCUUAGUUCAGAAUCAACAGCAACUCAAUCAGGGUCUGAACCAACAGCAACAGGUUAAUCAAGCAAUGAACCAAGGCCACCAAUUGAUCCAAGGCAAUUUGAACCAAAAUCAACAGUUGCUGCAAUCUUUAGGCCAAAAUCAGCAACUCAGUCAGAAUCAAUUGAACGAAGCACUAGGUCAACCACAACAGAUGACUCAAACACAGAGGUUGUUGCAAAGUCAGCAGCUGAAUCCACAGAUUACACAGACUCUGAACCAAACUGAACAGAAUCAGCAAGUUGUGCAGAAUCAGCAGCAAUUAACAGAAUCCCCCAGGCAGCAAAUAAACCUUGGUCUGAAUCACAUUUUGAAUCAGCAGAUAAACCAAGGCAACAUUCCCCAGAGACUAAACCAGAACCAGCUGAUAAAUCAGCAGUUGAACCAACUGAACCAGCAAUUGGGUCAGAACCAGAUCGGCCAUCAGCAGGUAGCUCAAAAUCCCAUAGCUCAGGGUACAAAUCAACAGUUUGGUAACAUCAUACAACAACAACAGCAGUUACAAAAUCAACAGCAGUUACAAAAUCAGCAACAGCAAUUGCAAUCUCAACAGCAGCCCAUUUUGGGAGGGAAUCCUUUGACUCAGGUUAGACAGGUGGUCGGCAGUAAUCAGCAGAUCAUUCAGCAGCAGUUUAAUCAGAACCAGCAGCAGCAGCAGUUCGGACAGGUUCAACAGCAAGACGGAAACGGGCAAGCCUCUGUUCAGGUGCAGCAGCAGCAACAGAAUCAAUUCUCACAACAGCAGAGUAUCCAGCAAGCUCAAGCAGCUCGUCCCCAUCUACAACAGCAACUAUGGGCCCAGCAGCAAACUCCAGGACAGCCUCAGAUUCCUAGACAACCUCUGAAUGUUCAACAGGGGCAGAGAGUCCAGUGGCCUCCUGGUAGCCAACAAGGACAGGGCGUUCAACCCAGACAGUUCAUACAUCUGGACGCUCAAACCCACAACCAACUGCAGAAAAUGCCGCCGGAACAGCAAGCAUUGUUCAUUGCUAGGUUGCAACAAAAACAGAGGCAGCUGAUGUUGAAGCAGGCCCAGCAAAGGGGCUCUGGCCAUAUUUUGAUUAGGGGUCCCGUUCCAGCGGGUCUAAACCCCCAACAACAAAUGGCCUGGCUCCAACAACAGGCUAAUAAACAGGGUGUAGUGUUACCCACUAACCUACAACAGCAGACAGUCAGUUCGACUACUAUGAACCAACAGCAGGCAAGUGGUUCGUCACCUAGUGCGGGACCUUCUGGAUUGAACCAGACGCCAGGCCUGAGUCCGAUCCAACAGACCACCUCCCAGGUGCAGGAGCAAAACCAACUCAAGCUGAAGCAACUGAGGCUCCAGCAGCUUCAGCGAGAACAGCUUCAAAAGGCAGCAGCGACACCAAACCUGCAACAGGCUCAACAACCUACCAUGGUCAGGCCCAUGGCUCAAGCACCCAUAGCAGAGCCUCCAGUUCCUAUACAGGACCCAUCUGUUGGACAAAGUCAAGUGCUGGUUAAUCCUAAAACAAAAACUGCUUUAGCAAAUAUGUUAAGCAUUAGACUGCAGAGUGGAGGCAACGCGGUGGGGGCCGCACAAGACACCUUACCUGAACCAUCAGCUGCAGGCACUUUAAGACUUAUGACGGCACAACAUAACGCUUCUUUGAAUGCUAACAAUAGGCCGCUAGAUCUACUAGCCAUGCAACAACAACGGAGAUCCUUGAGUAGCGAAAUUAGGCCAUCGGCGCCUCCGUCUAUAGCAGGCCCUUCUCAAGAACAGCAACAGGUGCAGUCUUCGCCUAAGGCCACUUCUUCUUCAGUUCCAAUGCAACACAGACCUGGACCUUUCUAUGGCCACAAUCCCAAUCUGAAGCUACCGGAAGAUAAAUUCUUGUUGGGUUGCGUCUUUGUGGUUGUGGAAGUGGAAAAUACCCUAAAAAAGAUAAUGCCAAAUUUCAAACAAAAAGUGGAAAGCCAUGGGGGUGAAGUGGAACAACAGUAUUGCGCGAGGGUAACGCACAUAUUAUGCUCAACACAACGCCAUGGUAUUGUAAUGCAAGCACUCAGGGAUUGCAAAAGGUGUGUUACUCUUUACUGGCUUGAGGAUGUGAUUAAAAGGAGACAGUUGCUGCCUCCCUGGAUAGCACUUCAUAUACCCAAAAUCUACAUUGACACGUACCCUUGUACUAAGUAUUUGAUAUCCACUUCAGGAUUUGAGGGCCAGAUCAAUGGAAGGGUCCAUCAAAUGGUUUUAAACAUUGGCGCAAAGUACACUGAAUACUUGUCCAAACACAAUACCUUACUGGUGGCAAAACAUCUAAAGGGUAAUAAAAUUAAGAAGGCCAAGCAAUGGGGUAUACCGAUUGUGAACGUUCAGUGGCUCACUGAUAUACUGCUUGGCAACUUUUCCGCUAUGCAGCAGACCGAGAAUGUUGUGUAUCAGCAAUAUAGUGAUCCCCCCAACUUUGGCUUUGACCCCAAACUGUGUCCUAACAUCAUGCAUGGUUGGAAAAUGCCCAUCAAUAUAUCUCAGGAAGCCUAUGAAAAGGUGAAGAAGACAACACCCAGGGAAUCUGUACUUGAAAAGAGAUCAAGAAUGCUGGAGGAGGAAGAAAAUUCCACAGAUGACAAUGAAGAUUCAGACGAUGACGAUUAUGUUGAAAUAUCUUCAGAUGGAGACGACGAAAGCGAUGAUUUCGACUGUGAGGAUGAUGCUAUGGUGGCCAAAGAGAGCCCCAUCCCAAAUCCGGAGUAUCACAUCAUGUUUUCCAAUUUUUUGUCUCCGCUCGGGCAUGCUGUCAAGAUCGUAAAAUCUCUUAACGGUACCAUUACCAACGACUCCCGCGCCUGUACUCAUUUGGUGCUGGAACGCUUAGAGCGCUCCGCCAAGCUCCUGCUUUGCAUACCGCGCCAGAUACCGAUUGUUCCACUCAAAUGGUUGACGGACUCCAAAGCUGCUGGAAAGUUCCUGGACCCCUCAAAGUACCCCUUCGAGGACGUGGCAGACUUCAACCAAACAUACGGCUGCGACAUCAACGCUCUCUUGGAAAGACGAGAUCGCGAUCGGCUGUUCCAGGGAAAGAGCUUCUGGGUAACUCCGCACGUCUUCCCCAACGAGCGAAUGGUGCGCAAAGUGAUCGAGAACUGCGGUGGAACGGUGGAAGACGUGAGAAGAACGGCAGCGCAGAUCGAGGCCACUAACCAGACAGCGCCACACACAUAUUUCAUAGUGACUGUAGAAUCGGAUGUCCAUUUGACCGGUGAUCUCCUGCGUAACAAGAAGGAGAAGAUCAAGUACAUUUGUAAUACGGAGUUGAUAUUUCAUGCCGUUAUGUCCCAAGAGAUAGAGAUUGAACCUUGGUCGAUAAAUGUGGUGGAUUAAGGUGCCCUUCUUGCAGAAGUCAGUUUUUGAUGGUGUGCGCUGGAGAAGUUCAGGCCCGGGGGUUGAUGGAACACCAUCUUCUGUUUUAUGGCAAAAAAUGUUCGUUUUUACAGAGCUCUUAAAAAAGUCUGUUAAGAUUUUUCUUUAUUAUAUAUUUUUUAACUAA